AUGCCUCCCUCACGUUUCGAGCCUUCAAUAAUCAAAAACAAAAUAAAACGGGAGGAAAUAGCCAAUAAGAACAAAAAGGCCAAAAGCCAGGACAAACUCCAGCGACGAUUAGCAAGAGCCAAGUUGGAAGCAAAUGAUCCAACCGCGAAGAAAAAACGUCUGAGCACAAAUGUUCCUCGGACACUGGACAACAUGCGAGAGUUCGAUCCUUCGUUCCUGACAGCUGAUCCUUCCUCGUCAUCUCAGACUCAGGAUGGUCCAAGCUCAUCCUCCGGAGAACCUUCCUACGAUGAGAACGCUGAAGACCUUGCCUCGGAUCCUUUUGCUGCCUAUUUUAACUCUGAAGAGGACCCUAACAUCCCACCCAAAGUCUUAAUCACUACAUCGCCCAAAGCAUCGAAACCGACAUACGAAUUCUGUGAUGAAAUAGUUGGUAUUUUCCCUGGUGCAGAGUUUAUUAGACGGAAAAAAGGGAAAGGGUUUGAGGUUGGGAGGAUAGCUGGCUGGGCUGCGGGGAGAGGGUAUAAGCAUAUGGUUGUUGUGAAUGAAGAUAUGAAGAAACCUAACGCAAUCACCCUCAUACAUCUUCCAAACGGUCCUACUGCAUAUUUCAAACUGACCUCCAUAGAACUUACCAAACAGAUCUACGGCCAUGCACGAGCGACACCACACAAUCCGGAGCUCGUUCUCAACAACUUUGUGACCAGAUUAGGACACACCGUUGGACGCAUGUUCCAAACCCUUUUCCCCCCUUUACCUGAAUUCCAAGGUCGGCAGGUUGUGACCUUGCAUAAUCAACGAGACUUUCUGUUUUUCCGGAGGCACAGAUAUGCUUUCAGAUCACCUGAGAAAGUCGCUUUACAAGAAAUCGGUCCACGGUUUACACUUAAAUUGCGAUCUCUAAGGAAGGGCAUUCCUGCUGUAUUCAAUCUAGCAGAGGAACCAAAAGGCCUGGAGUUUGAUGUCGAUGAGUCCAAAUCCAGCGCAGAGGAAACCUUGGAUUCAGACGAGAACAAACAAAAUGCUUUUGAGGCACCAGAAAAAGUCGUCCCACCAAAACAGGAUGAUUACCUUUGGAAAUGGAAGCCGGAGCUUGAGACAACCAGGCGCACAUUCUUCUUGUAA